AGAGUCGAGCUGAAGUUACUUUAAUUCCAAUUCGCGGUGUCUUAGGUGUCUUGUCUAAGAUACAUUUGGUCGAGUAUUUACUUGACAUUUAGAGUUUAAUUCGGCGCUGAUAGGGUUAGCUGAAGCUAACCUGAGUGCAACAGGAGGAGGAGGAGCUGAAAGUUGCAGCAUGGAUCCUGACAGGUCGACCCUCCGUUGUAUCACUGACAUGUUUGUUGAGAUGCUGCGGAAUGCUGAAGGUGGAGUUUUAGACCUCAAGGACGCAGUCCAAGCCUUGCCUCCCGGACAGAAAAGGCGCAUCUAUGACGUCACAAAUGUGUUGGAGGGUGUUGGUCUGAUUGUAACCCUUUCCUCCGGUAAAAUCAAGUGGAGAGAGGCAGCAUUUGAAAAAGAUCUGUUGAGACAGAUGGACUUGCAAGUGGAGUUGGAGGCCUUGGAGGAGUUGGAGGCAAUGUUGGAUAACCAGAUGCUUCUGGUUGAAAACAUCAUCAGGAACGCCAAACAAGACUGCAGCUCUCUCGCCUACAUGUCUUUGAAGGAGCUCUGCGACUGCUACCCUGAUGACAGUGUUCUGACCGUACAAGCACCUUCGGGUAUUCAGCUAGACGUCGCAAUUCCCAAAGCUGUUGCCAACACGCCGCCAGUUUUCCAGAUCCAUCUGAAAAGUGUUAAUGGGCCCAUUAAUGUCUUACUUCUAAGCAAAAGUCUGUCAGUUCCCCCCUGCCCUGUCGUUCUGUCCUUCCCACCAUCAAAAGAACUUCUGGAAAGAGCAAGGUUGGCUAGUAAAGCUGAAGAACUGGAAUGAUCCAGGGAACAAAACAAGAGUAAGUUCUUGUCUUGUUUAUUGGACUGGAUGUUAUUUCUUUGUGAGUUAUGUGGCUGCAAACAUGUAAAAGAAUU